AUGUCUUCUAGUUCCUCUGCUUCAUGCAAUGUCAGUGGUAGUAGUAAUUCAUCUGAGUCUAUGAAAGACCCCUACCCUUUGUGGAAGUUUGUUGUUAAGGGUGAUAAAAUAUCAGGUGUCGGAGGAAAUUAUAAUUGGAAAUGUAACUUUUUCGGCGAAUUUAAAAUGGAGGGGUUACCUUUUAAUCUUGCUAGAAACCCUUACUAUGUUAGUUCAUAUACAAUUGCUGCCAAUUCUAAUCUCUCUGGUUAUAAACCUCCUGGAUACAACAAACUUAGAACAACUUUGUUUUGUAAAGAGACAGAAAAUGUGGAUAGGUUAUUACAACCUAUUAAAGCCACAUGGAAAACAAAAGGUGUUAGCAUUGUUAGUGAUGGGUGGAAUGAUCCACAAAGAAGGCCUUUGAUUAACAUUAUGAUUGCUUCUGAAACGGGUCCUAUGUUUAUGAAAGCUAUUGAUUGCUCAGUUGAGAUUAAGGACAAAGAUUUCAUUGCUACCUUAUUAAGUGAGGUGAUUGAUGAAAUUGGAGAUCAAAAUGUUGUUCAAAUAAUCACAGAUAAUGCAAGUAAUUGUAAGGCUGCAGGGGAAUUGGUUGAGGGUAGGUAUCCUCAUAUAUAUUGGACACCAUGUGCUGUUCAUACACUUAAUCUUGCAAUGAAAAGCAUUUGUGCAGCUAAGAAUGUGUUGAAUAAUGUUGAAGUAUAUGAUGAAUGUCAUUGGAUAACGGAAGUUCAUGUAGAUGCCUUGUUCAUUAAAAAUUACAUAAUGAAUCAUUCGUUGAGGCUUUCAAUGUUCAAUAAGUUUUCUCCAUUAAAACUACUUUCCAUAGUCGAUACUCGUUUUGCUUCAAUUGUGUGCAUGCUUAAAAGGUUGAAACUCCUUAAAACAUCACUUCAAUCAAUGGUUAUUAGUGAGAAUUGGUCUUUAUACAAGGAUGACCGACGCGGGCAAGCCUCACAUGUAAGGGAAAAGAUUUUGGAUGAAAUGUGA